AAGAUAGAGAGAAGAUAAAGAGAAGAUAGAGAGAAGAUAAAGAGAAGAUAAAGAGAAGAUAAAGAGAAAAUGCUCAGCUGCAUCAGCACCCUGGGGAGGCCAGUCAUGUGUCACUUUACUGUGCUGCUGUUUGUCCUGGGAGUCAGCACAAUGGUCUCUGUUCAUGGGUUGGAUUUGCAGCAUCUGAGCAAAGGAUGCCCGCCCCCGAGGGGCAUAAAUCUCAACCAGCCAGUUAAAGUCAUAUUGAACAUCGACGGGCAGUCUCCGACCCUGGGCAAAGAUAUCAGCAAGCGCUCGCUGGCUCCUUGGGACUACAGCUACGACAUGGAUCACAACCGGUUCCCGUCUAUGAUCGCCGAGGCCAAAUGCCGCUACAACAAUUGUCUGGACUCAGAGGGCAAAUUGGACCUGAGCAUCAACUCUGUUCCCAUCAGACAAGAAAUCCUGGUUCUGCGCCGGGAGAUGAAAGGCUGCACCGCAAGCUUCAAACUGGAGAAGAAGAUGGUCACCGUCGGCUGUACCUGUGUGCUGCCUGAAGUCAAAGAAUAA